ACUUAUACUCUAUAUUAUUAUAGUAAAAUAAAAUGUUAUUCUAUCUUUAUUAUUACUAAUUUUCCUUAUUAGAUUUAUUAAAUAACUUCAGCCUUUUCCUAUAAAUAGAUAGGAGUUGCAUACUCAAAGCAGCAACAAAUACAACAAUGGCAUCACUAACCCUUCUUGAGAUCUUCAUAGCAAUCACUAGCUAUGUUAUUCUUCGUUGCUUUUUCAACAAAAAUGGGCAACCAAUUAACUGGCCGGUCUUCGGUAUGCUGCCAGACACUCUCUACCAUCUUCACCGAAUUCACCAGCGGACCACAGAAGUUCUAGAAAGAGCUGGUUCCACCUUGUACUACAAAGGCCCUUGGUUUUCUAAUGUCAAGAUAUUAGCAACAGUAGAUCCAACCAAUAUCCACUAUAUAAUGAGCUCAAAUUUCUCAAAUUUCCCUAAAGGACCUGAAUUCUCCAAGAUUUUUGACAUUCUUGGAGAUGGAAUUUUCAAUUCCGAUUCAAAUUCUUGGAAAAACCAGAGAAAACUAGCUCACACGUUGAUUAAUCGUGGGUGUUUUCAUAAGUUCUUGAUCAAUACUUGUCAAGAUAUGGUGGAGAAAGGCCUCCUUCCAGUUCUUGAACAUGUAAGUGAUCAAGAUUUAGAAGUGGACUUACAAGAUUUGUUUCAAAGGUUCACAUUUGAUAUUACAUGUGCAUUAGUAACAGGUUAUAAUCCAAGAUGUCUAUCUAUUGAACUUCCACUAGUAGAAUUUUCAAAGGCAAUGGAUGAUGCUGAGGAGGCUCUGUUUUAUAGACAUUUAACACCAGAAUUUGUUUGGAAGUUGCAAAGGUGGCUAGGGAUUGGACAAGAAAAGAAAAUGGCAAAAGCAAGGAAAGUUCUUGAUGAUACAUCAAGAAAUUAUAUAUCAAGAAAAAGAGAACAGCUAGUCAAGAAUAAUAAUAUUCAAGAAAAUGGAGAGGGGGUUGAUUUGUUAACAUCAUAUAUGAAUGAAGGAGAUAAAAUCUUGGGAACUAUACCAGAUGAAAAGUUUUUAAGAGACACCAUUAUAAAUCUGUUGCUUGCAGGUAGAGAUACAACUAGUUCCGGUCUUUCUUGGUUCUUUUGGCUUAUUUCCAAGAAUCCACGAGCAGAGAGCAAAAUAAGACAAGAGAUUCAGGAAAUUACUCUACAAGGCAAAAAAGCAAACACUUGGUGUGCAUUAAAUGUACAAGAGGUAAAUAGUCUUGUUUAUUUACAUGCAGCUUUGUGCGAGUCAUUAAGGCUAUACCCACCAGUUCCAUUUCAACAUAAAUCCCCAUUGCAAAAUGAUGUGCUUCCAAGUGGGCACGAAGUGAGUCCAGAAAUGAAGAUAGUGUUUUGCUUGUAUUCAAUGGGAAGGAUGGCUUCUAUAUGGGGUGAAGAUUGCUUAGAGUUUAAGCCAGAGAGGUGGAUUAGUGGAGGAGGAAAAAUCAAGCAUGAGCCAUCUUACAAAUUCUUGGCUUUUAAUGCAGGUCCAAGAACUUGUUUGGGUAAAGAAGUGGCCUUUACUCAAAUGAAGAUAGUUGCAGCUUCCAUAUUACAUAAUUACAAUGUCAAGGUAGUAGAAGACCAUCCUGUAACUCCUAGUGCUUCUAUUAUUCUCCACAUGAAACAUGGCUUAAAGGUCAACGUCAGCAGGAGAUGGGUUUGAAUUAUUUAUAUCUACUUUAUGCUUUU